AUGGCCGCGGCUAUUGCGAGCGGGCUUAUCCGACAGAAGAGGCAGGCGCGGGAACAGCAACAGGACCGCCCCUCCACAAAUCGCCGGAGGAAGAGUCCCAACAAGAACAAGGGUCUCUGUAAUGGGAAUCUGGUCGACAUCUUCUCUAAAGUGCGCAUCUUCGGCCUCAGGAAACGGAGACUACGAAGACAAGAUCCCCAGCUCAAGGGUAUAGUAACCAGGUUAUAUUGCAGGCAGGGCUACUACUUGCAAAUGAACCCCGAUGGCUCGCUUGAUGGGACCAAGGAUGACAGCAGUAAUUCCUCUUUGUUCAACCUUAUUCCUGUGGGCCUCCGAGUUGUUGCCAUUCAGUCCGUGAAGACAGGGUUAUACAUCGCGAUGAACGGAGAGGGCCAUCUGUACACAUCCGAACUCUUUACAGCGGAGUGCAAGUUCAAAGAGUCGGUGUUUGAGAACUACUAUGUGAUCUACUCAUCCAUGCUGUACAGACAACAGGAGUCGGGGCGAGCAUGGUUCCUAGGACUUAACAAAGAUGGACAAGCCAUGAAGGGGAACCGGGUGAAGAAAACCAAACCAGCUGCUCACUUCCUGCCCAAGCCAUUAGAAGUUGCCAUGUACAGAGAGCCAUCGUUGCACGAUGUAGGUGAGACAGUGCCCAAGACGGCAGUACCUCCCAGUAAAAGCACAACUGAGCCGGCAGUGAUGAACGGAGGCAAACCUAGGAAGAGGCAGGGCUCUCCCAAACGGACUCUUCAUCUCUCUUCUGUGGACGAAAUCCCAGUAGACCUCCUCUCUCGUCCUGCUCCUUCUCCCUCUUCUCUUCCGCUGGACAGUCUCAGAUCUGUGGGCAGUUUCUCCAGGACGGGAGAGAAGAGGACUGUGCUCAUGGAAUGCCUUUCGAUUCCUUAG